AUGCAACAACAGACCUUUCAUAGGGGGCCAAAUCAGACCACUAGUUUCAAGACUUUUCAGUCAGUGAAGCCCCCGGAGUUUAAAGGUGAGAUGAAUCCCGUAGCUGCAAGUCUGUGGCUUAAAGAAAUGGAGAAAGCCUUCACUUUGACCCAGGUAAGUGAUGAGCUUAAAACCGAGUAUGCUAGUUACUUCCUUAAGAAUGAAGCUAAUUAUUGGUGGGAGUCUACUCGGGCAUUAGAAGGAGAAGGUCCUGUUGAAUGGACCAGAUUUACAGAGUUGUUUUUGAAUAAGUAUUUCCCGAGUAGUUUGGCGAAUCAAAUGGAAAUUGAAUUUUUGGAGUUGAAUCAAGGAGGAAAGAGUGUGACUGAGUAUGAGAACAAGUUUACAGAACUUGCCCGUUUAGUGCCAGUAUAUGUAAGCACAGAGUCUCAGAAAGCUAAAAGGUUUCAGCAAAAGUUGAAGCCUAAGAUUAGGAGUGGAGUUGUAGCUUUACGACUCACUACAUAUACCUCGGUGGUCCAGGCUGCCUUAGUGAUAUAA